CCUCGGCCGCCACCGCCUUUUUCCCCAUCCCCCGUCUGCCCGUCCAAAUCGCUCCAAGAACACCACCUCUCUCCAUCUCCAUGGCCGCGCCUCUCCGCCGCCUCCUCUUCUCCCUAGCCCUCCUCCUCGCCGCCGCCACAGCCCCGGGCGCGGCGGCGGCGGCCGCCAGGCUCUCAACCUCCUACUACAGCCGCAGCUGCCCGCGCGUGGAGCAGAUCGUCUCCGACGUGGUCACCGCCAAGCAGCAGGCCAACCCUUCAACAGCGGCGGGCACGCUGCGGCUCUUCUUCCACGACUGCUUCGUGUCCGGCUGCGACGCCUCAGUCCUCGUCUCCCCGCUCUCCGCCGACCGCUCCCCGGAGCGGUCCGCGGAGAUCAACCUCUCCCUCCCGGGGGACGCCUUCGACGCCGUCGCCCGCGCCAAGUCCGCCCUCGAGGCCGCCUGCCCAGGCACGGUCUCCUGCGCCGACAUCCUCGCCCUGGCCGCGCGCGACCUCGUCGGCAUCCUCGGCGGGCCCCGCUUCCCGGUCUACCUGGGCCGCCGCGACGCGCGCCGCUCCGAGGCGACCGACGUCGAGGGCAACCUGCCCCGCACCAACAUGUCGGCGCGCGCCAUGGCCGUCCUCUUCGCGCGCAAGGGCAUCACGCCGCGCGAGAUGGUGGCGCUCGCCGGCGCCCACACCGUCGGCUUCUCCCACUGCUCCGAGUUCGCGCACCGCGUCUACGGCGACCGGCGCGGCCCGGACGGGUACGACCCGGCCCUGAACCCGGCCUUCGCGCGCGCGCUGCGGAGCUCCUGCGCCGGGUACGAGCGCGACCCCACCCUCUCCAUCUUCAACGACAUCGUCACGCCCAGCGUGUUCGACGAGCUCUACUUCAAGAACCUGCCCCGGGGCCUCGGCCUGCUCGCCUCCGACGCCGCGCUCUGGGAGUACGCGCCCACCAGGGUCUUCGUCCAGCGCUACGCCGAUAACCGCACCGCCUUCUUCAACGACUUCGCCGCCGCCAUGCAGAGGCUCGGCACCCUCGGCGUCAAGACCGGCCGGCAGGGCGUCGUCAGGCGCCAAUGCGACGUACUCGACUGAGAGAGACCGCCAGCAUCCGACCACCGGCGUUGCCUGAUGUUUGUACUGUCCCUAGUGAGAUUGAGCAAUGCUGCUGCUGCUGUAUUAGAUUGGAUUUUGGGGCAUGCUGUUUCUGAAUUCUGAGCUGAACGAACUUGUGAA